UUUCUGCACGGCAUGAGACGGUAUUGGGAAAGUCGUUGCAACAUGUUGCGUGGCACCAGCCAAUCGUGGCCGCCAUGGCCGACGGACGCCACGCCAAGCGCCGCCGCGGCGACCACGUCGCGCUGCGGGUCCUACUCGACGCGACGCUUCUCGUCAAACUCAUCCAGCCGUACCAAGAUGGUCUCUUUCUCGAGCUCCGCCCGCGCUAUGCCGAGUGGCGGCUCCUCGCCUUGCGCCACACUACGUUUGCGUACGCGAUUGGCCCCAUUCCGGCGCGCUUCCGCGACGACUUUGCCGCCAAGCGGCCGCUCGACACGCUCUGCAUCGAUGGAAUUGGCGACGACCGCUUUGUGCUCCACGUCGCGAUCCGCGAAGGCAACUUGCCGAUUGUGCGCCGGUGCGUCGUCAAUGCGCCGUCGCUGCUCACACCCGCAUCCAUUGUGUGUGCGAGCCGGCACGGGCACCUUGACAUUGUCCUGUACCUCCACACUGUGCAUGGCUGCGCGCCGACGCAGCCCUCGCUUGACGUCGCUGCCUCGCACGGCCACCUUCCGAUCGUGGCGUACCUCACCGAGUUUACCGCCUGUCCUGCGACGGUCCAUGCGCUCGAUGGCGCUGCGGCCAACGGCCACUUGGACGUCGUGUCGUACUUGGACCGCAUCCGCGGCGAAGGCGCGAGUAUGCGUGCGAUGGACGCCGCCGCGGCCAACGGGCACCUCGACGUGGUCGCGUACCUGCACAUCCAUCGGGUCGAAGGCUGCACGCGGGACGCCAUGGACGAAGCGGCGAUCGCGGGCCAUCUCGACGUUGUCCAGUUUCUUCACGAGCACCGACGUGAAGGCUGUUCUGUCGACGCCCUCGACGGCGCGGCGGCGCGCGGCCAUCUCGAAGUCGUCCAGUUCCUCCACGACAACCGGCACGAAGGCUGCACACAAGACGCGAUGCACGCCGCCUGCGCGCACGGGCAUUUGGACGUAGUCGAGUUUCUGCACGAAAAUCGCGACGAAGGCUGCUCGGUCGAAGCGAUGGACGGUGCAGCGACCUUUGGUCACCUCGAUGUCGUCCAGUUCUUGCACGUUCAUCGACGCGAAAAGUGCUCUGCGCGUGCGUGGCGCGGCGCGUUUGAACGGGGGCAUCUCCCCGUGCUGCAGUUUCUCUGGCGAUGGUAUCGACCCCAGUGUAGAGUCGCCGAUGCCCACGAGCUUGGUUGGUGUUAGAGCGUAGUACUGAAUAGUAUAUGCCGCUGCGCAUGUGAGAUACUGCUCAUUGAUGGAUGUCCUCGCUAUCAGUCCUCGUGUCCCAAAGCGCACAAGAUGCACAUUAUGUGUACUGCGAGUCAACAAUGUGGUCAAUGCCAAGAUAUAGUGUCGGAAUUGACUGUGAAACGCUGCUUUGUCGGAAA